AUGAUAGAAAAACGGCAGUCAGAGAUUGCCAAAUCAUGUGAUAUUGUACUCAGAAUUCAUAAUCCUUCGCUUGGAUUAUAUUCUUUUUGUUUAUAUCUUUCUUUCCUUUUUUUUUUUUUUUGCUCUUCUGUACUCCUCUUUCUCUCUACUCCCUUUCUAUCUCUCUAUUUUCUUUUUCUCUCUAACUUCUCUCAUUUUCACUCUUUUUCAAACCUAUUUACAUCUCUUUCUCUUUCCCUCUACAACACACACCUUCUCUUUUUUUUCCCCCCUUGGUUUCAACUUCUCUCUCUCUCUCUCUAUUGUAUUCCUCCUGAACUUUUUCAAUUCUCUUUCCCUUUAUCUUUCAUUGUUUCUUUUUUUUCACUAACUCACUCUCUAUCACUUUUCUUUCUUACUGGCACUCCAUUUCUCUUCAUCUCACUUUAUCUUUUCUUUCUUUCUAGAUCUCUUUGCUUUUCUCUCUAUUCCACUCUUUCAAUUCCUAUUACUUUUCGCAUUUUUUUCUUAGAUCCCACAUUUCAUUCUUUCUUUCUAUCUCUUUCUCUUUUUCCUUUCCUCUCUUUCUCUCUUCAUUAUUCUAUAUCUUCCGGGUCAAGGGAUAAAAGAUCUAUCUAUCUAUCUAUCUAUCUAUCUAUCUAUCUAUCUAUCUAUCUAUCUAUCUAUCUUAUCUGUUCCUAUCUAUUUAUCUAUCUCAGUCUGUUCCUUAUUGAUCUAUCUAUCUAUCUAUCUAUCUAUCUAUCUAUCGCAGUCUAUUCAGAUCUUUCUAAUCCUCUCUUUCUAUCACUCUUGACUCAGAGCCUGCUCAAAGCAACCAUUUCUUUUUUCUACUCCGUUCUCUUCUUUCUCUAUCUCACAGUAUUCUUCUCCUUUUCAUCUCUCUCUCACACUUUCUUUCUUUCUUUCUCUAAUUAG